AGCGGGUUGUGCACUCAGGCACAAGUAGCCGUCCACAGUGGACCUCGUCAUCAUUCACUAGGAGUAGGGAAAGCAGCAGAGCAACAAACAGCCAACAUGCCAGCUGAUUUGAACGGCUAUUGGAAAAUGAUUUCCAAUGAUAACUUUGAGGAGUAUCUGAAGGCUCUUGAAGUAAACAUUGCCAUCAGGAAAAUCGCCACCUUGUUGAAGCCUGACAAGGACAUUGUCCACGAUGGGGACCACAUAAUCAUCAAAACCCUCAGCACCUUCAAAAACUACAACAUGGACUUCUAUGUGGGCAAAGAGUUUGAGGAGGAUCUGUCUGGAGUGGAUGACAGGAAAUGCAUGACCACCAUCAGCUGGGAGGGAGACAAGCUGGUGUGUGUGCAGAAGGGAGAGAUCGGAGGAAGAGGCUGGACCCACUGGGUGGACGGAGAUGAGCUUCAUCUGGAGCUGAGAGCUGCAGGAGCUGUUUGCAAGCAGGUCUUCAAGAAGACCUAAGCUGGCUCUUAUUGGACGAGACGGUGUCCCCCGGCUGACGUCGGCUUACAGAGACGCCCAACUCCCAUGCCUCUGACGUAGCAUCCAACUUUCCCUUUGGUCAUUUGUACAUCUCUCCAUGUGUCCAUCUACCCAUGUGAUUUCCGUUAUGACUAUCAUUUUCAUCAAUACUGUUGCCAAAGCCAAUUCAAAGGGGCGGGGCAGUGUCUAUCAUGUAACAUCACAAAAUGCAAUAAUGUAAAUAUGUCUCAGGGCAAGUGCUCUUUUAAUUACCAAGUUUAGAUGUGUUGGACACAUGCAUACCGCUACUGUAGGUGUAGCUGAUCUGACAGUUGAGCCAGAUUGAUGAAGUAACGGAAGACAGUGAAGAGAAGAGAGCAGUGGGUUCAUUUAGUUCUUUGAAUCAUUGCUGUGGAUGGAAAACGAUGAAAAUCUGUGUGUGUGUGUGUGUGUGUGUGUGUGUGUGUGUGUGUGUGUGUGUGUGUGUGUGUGUGUGUGUGUGUGUGUGUGUGUGUGUGUGUGUGUGUGUGUGUGUGUGUGUGUGUGUGUGUGUGUGAGAGAGGGCUGUAAACUUCUUCGCUACGGAUGCUUAGUCUCAAGAAUGGAUAUCAAAUGUGAUGUGUGUAUUUAUCCCUCCCAAUUCGUUUGGGAACGUGGCAUUGGUAGUGAAAUGAAUCAAUCAAUAAAGUAAACCGUGCUCAACAA